GCGCGCGAGCUGUGGACGUCGAGGCACCUGCGCAACAUAGCCAGUGCGGUCGAAGCACCUCUGCGAGCACCCACUGUUUAUUUUCCACCAGACCGUAUUUUUGGACGUGCGAAUGUAUCACCGACAGCUCACUUCGACUGCUUCGGCGCCCUCGCUGCGCGCAUCCGAGCCGUACGUGCCAAUGGCCCCGCUGAUGGCCGACGACCCGGGCAACGUCAAGGUGGUGGUGCGGUGCCGGGCCUUUGUGAGGCGAGAGAAGGAGCGCGGCACGCGAUGUCUCGUGCGCAUGGAGCCCUCGACGCAGAAGACGACGCUGUACGCGCCCGACGAGGGCGGCCCCAACUCGCGCAGGCACGAAGACAAGGAGUUCACCUUCGACCGCUCGUACUGGUCGCACGACGAGGCCGACCCGCACUACGCCCACCAGGAGGACGUCUACCGCUCGUUCGGCGAGGAGUUCCUCGACCACAACUUCGAGGGCUACCACACGUGCAUCUUUGCCUACGGCCAGACGGGCUCGGGCAAGAGCUACACCAUGAUGGGCACCCCAGACAACCCGGGCCUCAUCCCGCGCACGUGCGAGGAGCUGUUCGACCGCAUCCGCCACGAGCCCCGCCCGGACACGAGCUACCACGUCCAGGUCUCGUACUUCGAAGUCUACAACGAGCACGUGCGCGACCUGCUCACCCCGCGCACCAACCCGCCCAUCUACCUCAAGAUCCGCGAGAGCCAAAAGGACGGCGUCUACGUCCAGGGCCUGACCGAGGCCGAGGUCAAGUCGUACGUCGACGUCGAGCGCCUGAUGCGCCUCGGCGACUCGAGCCGCACCACGGCCUCGACCAAGAUGAACGACACGUCGUCGCGCUCGCACGCCGUCUUCACCAUCCGCCUCAAGCAAAUUACCCACUCGCUGCUCUCCGACGAGACCAUCGAACGCACCGCCCGCAUGCGUCUCGUCGAUCUGGCCGGCUCGGAGCGCGCAAAGUCGACCGAAGCCACGGGGCAGCGGCUCAAGGAAGGAGCGCAGAUCAACAAGUCCCUCACCACCCUCGGUCGCGUCAUCGCUGCGCUUGCGGACCCACGGCGCCACGCAGCCAAAGGACGGCGACCGCGUGAGGUUGUCCCGUACCGCGACUCGGUUUUGACCUGGCUGCUCAGGGACUCUUUGGGCGGCAACAGCAAGACUGCCAUGGUGGCCUGCAUCGCGCCUGCCGACUACGACGAAACCCUGUCCACUCUCCGCUACGCCGACCAGGCCAAACGCAUCCGUACCCGCGCCUCAGUCAACCAGGAUUGCAUGUCCGCCGCGCAGCGCGAUGCCGAGCUCAGCGAGAUGGCCGAGCAGAUACGCAGUCUGCAGGUCAGCGUCAAUGCUGCCAGCCAGCGCAAGCGCGAAGAGGCGACCGAGCUGGAAGAGUACCAGAGACAAGUUGCCAUGAUGCAGAGACUAAUGCUGGAGAACCGCGAAGUCUCAGCCGCGAAGAUCAAAGCACUUACAUCAGAAGUUGAAGAAAUGCGACCUGUGAAUGUAGCCCUACGCGCUGAAAUCGACACUCUGCGCCGCCAUCUCGCACUGGCGCUGGGAGAGCUCAAGAAUCCCAUUGUGCUGCCUCCGCCGCGCGAGUUGGGUUCGCCAAAUUUUGAGCAGGGAGAGUGGUUAGAAGACGGAGAGACCUCGGUCCCUGCACCCUCUGAUGGAGAGGGCAGCGAUGAUGACUCUGAUUCAGGAUACGAUGAGGGCGAUCACAAUGAGUUGGCACACGAGUUGCAGGGCGAGGCGGAGGAAUUCUUAAAGACUCUUGGGCUGUUCCGGAAGAAGGUGGGGAGUGAUGUUGAGCGCUUUGGCGUGAGGGAAAUGAUCGCUGACCUGUCGUGAUUGAUGUUGGAUGGAUGGGUGUUUGUGCACGAACUUGGGCACCUUUGGUUUUGAAUGCAUUGAGCGAUGGCGUUGGGUUUUCUCUGGUUAACAGAAACGGCACGGUAUAUAGUAAAUAGCUAUAAUGACUCCAAUGGAUCUUGCGUA